AUGCAGUCCAUCUCACCGGUGUUUUCGUCCGCCACGGACAAGGACAAGAAGUACUCGCCACCAUGGGCUGAUUUGAGCAUUAUUGGGAUUGCGGGCAGCUCAGGGUCUGGCAAGACUUCAGUGGCAAUGGAGAUUGUCAAGUCACUGAAUCUGCCAUGGGUGGUGAUUCUCGUAAUGGACUCCUUCUAUAAAAGCUUAACUCCAGAGGAGCAUGCCAGAGCCCAUGCCAAUGACUAUGACUUUGACUGUCCCGAGUCGUUAGAUUUCGAUGUCUUGGUGCAGACCCUGCGGGACUUGAAACAAGGAAAGAAGGCAGACAUCCCUGUAUAUUCGUUUGCCAAACACCAGCGUGAGCCGCAGACAACGACACUUUAUUCCCCGCACGUGAUCAUCCUGGAGGGUAUCUUGGCUUUGCAUGACCCGCGCAUCAUGGAACUGUUGGAUGUCAAGAUCUUCGUAGAGGCUGAUAUGGACAUUUGUCUGGGGCGCAGAAUCAUGCGUGAUGUCCGUGAGCGCGGAAGAGACAUUGAGGGAAUCAUCAAGCAGUGGUUCACCUAUGUCAAACCCUCCUACAAGAAAUAUGUCGAACCUCAACGAGCAGUAUCAGAUCUCAUCAUCCCUCGUGGAAUCGAGAACAGAACUGCUAUCGACAUGGUCGUGAAACACAUUCAAGGCAAUCUGGACGAGAAGUCCGAGAAGCACAGUGCAGAACUCACUCGUCUCGGUCUCCUUGCCUCGGAGGAGAAACUGUCUCCCAAUGUUGUCGUCAUGCAUGAAACGCCACAAUUCAUCGGCAUGAACACGAUCCUGCAAGAUCCUGCAACAGAGCAGGUCGACUUUGUGUUCUACUUCGACCGCCUGGCUGCCCUACUGAUCGAGAAAGCCUUGGAUGUGACCAACUAUAUCCCCAAGGAAGUACAUACUCCCCACGACAACUCCUACCAGGGCUUAAAUCAAGCCGGCACGGUCUCCGCCGUCGCCAUCUUGCGGGGCGGAUCCUGCCUCGAGACCGCCCUCAAGCGCACCAUCCCCGACUGCAUCACCGGUCGUGUACUUAUCCAGACAAAUGAAAAGAACGAAGAGCCAGAGCUUCACUACCUCAAGCUGCCUCCUGGGAUUGAGGAGCAUGAAAAUGUCAUGCUUCUGGACCCGCAAAUGUCGAGUGGAGGUGCUGCCCUGAUGGCCGUCCGCGUGCUGAUCGACCACGGCGUGCGCGAAGAGCGGAUUGUGUUUGUCACCUGUGCGGCCGGCAAGAUUGGUCUCAAGCGACUCAGCGCCGUCUACCCCAAUGUUCGGGUGGUUGUUGGACGCAUUGAAGAAGAACGCGAGCCGCGCUGGAUCGAGAAGAGGUACUUCGGCUGUUAA